AUGGUCACGGUUGUUUUGGACGACACAUGUGAUGCAUAUGCCACUUUCCCUGAAGCUAAAAGUCUCAUCGAGUCUGUGCAAAGGUGGGAUCUUGGUGCAAUUGAUGAACUGCCAAGCUAUUUGAAAGUUGUCAUCAGAGCUUUAGUGGAAACUGUGGACGACAUUGAAAAAGAAAUGAAGCCACGAGGAAGAUCCGCUAGCGUGCAGCAAGCGAUAGAUGAGAUUAAGAGUUUGGGGAGAGCGUACCUAGCGAUAUCAAAAUGGGCACGCAAAGGUCAUGUGCCAACUUUUGAUGAGUACAUGGAAGUUGGGCUGGUCAGUGGAGGUAUGAAUGACUAUGCAGCAGACGGUUUUAUCGGUAUGGAAGACUGUGAUGAGAAGCAAACGAACGAAUGGUUCAAUUCUGAACCAAAGAUCUUCGACGCUUUGAGUACUAUCUACCGUCUAGGAAACGACAUAGCCAGCUUCGAGGGAGAGCUGAGCAGAGGAGAGGUAGCAAAUGGUGUAAACUGUUACAUGAAACAGUAUGGGGUUACGAAAGAUGAAGCGUUUAGGGCACUGGAGAAGAUGUGCAGAGAUAAUUAUAAGAUAGUGAUCGAGGAGUUCUUGAACACAACUUGUGUACCACGGCAGAUUUUGCUGCGAUGUCUCAACAUUCCACGAGUGAUCGAUGUGUAUUACAAGGAGGGUACUGAUGAUUUCACCAAUCCUCAUGGAACUCUCAGAGAACACAUAACUUCUUUCCUACUCCAACCCAUUCCGCUUUAA